CAAGCCCUAGAAGGGACUUUGUCGAUGUCAGCUGUUGAGAAGUGCCUGCUCUGGACAUGCCAACGCUGUCCUGCUCCUGCUCAGCCGCCAGCACGGGGGAGAGUGGUGACCAGGAGACCAGGAACCCGGUCCUGUCGUCACGGCUCUGCAGACUGUCUCUUCAAAACGAGACAGACCAAGUCAUCAAGGUCCUGAGGGACAUUACGGGUGGAGAGGAGACCCCGCUCCUGGAGAUCGUCGCCCCCGCGGCCGUGCUGGUCUCCCUCUGCGGGGUGCUCCUGAACGGUGCCCUCCUUUGGCUGCUCUGCUGCGGUGUCAAGAAGAGCCCCUACCUGGUGUACAUCUGCCACCUGGCCACCGCCGACCUGUUCUUCCUCUCCUGGGUGACAGUGGAGUUCCUGCCAAUGACCAUGCUCUCCCAUCACGGAGUCUUGUUUUCCACCCCUGACUUCCUGGACUUCGUGUCCCCCUUCUCCUUCACGGUGUGUCUGUGUCUCCUGGUGGCCAUCAGCACAGAGCGGUGCAUGUGUGUCCUCUUCCCCAUCUGGUACAGAUGCCGCCGCCCCAAGCACAUGUCUACUGUGGUCUGCACCCUCAUCUGGGUCCUGUCUCUUUGUUUAAACAUAAUGAAUUCACUUUUUCUAACUUACUCUAGAAACAGGAAGGCAUGUGUCAUAUUUCAAAAGGCUUUGGGUGUUUGUCACAGUGUCGUCUUCUUUGUGAUAUGUGCCUCCAGCCCGACCCUGCUCAUUAGAAUCCUGUGCUGCUCCCAGCAGCGACAGGCCACCAAGGUCUACACCGUGAUCCAGGUCGUGGUCAUCAUGUUCCUCCUCUGGGGCCUGCCCAUGAGUGUGUUGUUUCUCAUGUCAGAUUUCAAAGGCAUGGCCAUUGCCUCCUUCUUGACCUCCGUGUUCUUAACUGUGAACUGCAGCGCCAACCCUAUCAUUUAUUUCUUUGUGGGGAGACUCAGGGAGAAAAGACUGAAGGAACCUCUCCAAGCGAUUCUCCAACGGGCAUUAGCAGGCAAGACAGCAGAGGGGAGGAACAGACAGGCAGCGGGUGUAGACACCAUGGAGAUGCCAGGCUCCGCCUGGAACACGGGGGACCCUCUUCCAAUGGAGGUCAGGGUUGACGUGAGCAAAUGACACCCCCCCAUGAGCUGUGUGCUCUGUAAAGUGUGCACAGUAACCCAGCCCCUGCUGCCUCGCAAGGCUGCUGUAUCACAGGGUUUAUAUGAAUCAAGUACAACUCUCACAGACUUUCAAAACAAACCCUUGCCAUUGGCGGUUGUAAGCGAAAUAACUAGAAACUCCCUUCCUACCUGGGCUGCCAAGUUUGAACGGGCUCCAGUUCCAAUGAUGAGGGGACUGAGAUCCAGCCAGAUUUUCCUGGUAUCUGUGGAACCCAAAACAGAGUCGGAAAGGUGACACAUUGUCCUCCGCCAUCCUGCAGCCACCUUCAAAGUCCAUCCGCAGAUUUUUUCUCUCUUUAUCUGUCUCCUAUUCCCUGACUUUCUAAGCCAAGAGGAAUUAUUGCAUGUGCCUUAAGAGUCAGAGUUUUAGAACCAGAUUGUUCAAACCCUGGCUCUUUCAUUCACAGCGGUGUGGCCGUGGGCAUAUCUCUUUCUCUGUAACUCUGUUUCGUCUUAUGCAAGAGGAGGAUAAAGCUGGUAUUUAAUAUGCACGAUUAGUGUGAGAGUUAAUUAACCUUGUAAACGUAGAGGACUCAUUGGAUUUUAUUUACAAAUGUGUAAUAAUUAUUCAAUAAAGAUGAUGAAUAUUCUGCACUGUG